AUGGAACUUGUGGAAGAGCGUGAAAUCCUCGCGUACAACAUCUGCCAGAACCGAAGCGGGUACAUCUACAAGAACCCUGUGGAGAUGGAACGACUAUUUGGGAUCCGGCCGGCUGCUCAAGUGCACCACUCAGACUUCAAAAAGUUAGCCGGUGGCUACAAUGCACACGACGUGCAUCAUGAAGAACCCAUGACAUACGCCAAGUACCAUGUGCCUUGUAUGCGCAACAUGCUGCUCCACAUGACCCAUAUCCUCCAAGCGCAUACUUCCGAUCUUCAUCGUCAUCUGCCUGUUGCCAACGCUCUUUCCCUGGACAAGGACCGAUGGAUCUUCAUGGGCGUGGGGUUUAUCCUGCUGAUGGAGAACGUUGUCGCUUUCUUCAAGGUGCCGAAGAUCUUGCGUAGGGAUCGUAGACGACCGUCUCCACGUCAUUUCUAA